AUGGUGCUGCCCCAGUUUGACACCCUAAGAUUGCAGUCAUAUAUGGACAACGCCUUGUUUAGAACACAUGUCAAAAACAUUCUUCAACUUCACUUGCUCUCUAUCGCAAUCCUUUAUCCUCUUCGACUUUUUCUGUUCCACAGUCUCAGUAACCAUGCAACUGCUGCUACUAAUGGUAUCUUUUGGUUCCAAAGAACCCCUGCAGUCUCCCAGAGAGGAAGGAGGGGCUUUCUUGGCAGUUUGUUUUAUUUGGAUGGAAGUGAUUGUCCAAAUUGCAGAGUGUUGAAGGAGAGGGAAAAGGGGCCAUUACCAACAUCACUCUCACUCUCAGAUUUUUGCCUCUUCUUCGGGUCGGUUUUCCUUUCCCUUAACCGUUCAUCCAUUUCAACACUGACGUUCAAUUAUAUCUUAUACGCAUAA